UAUAUAUUUUACAGCUUCUAAUGCUUAGUUGCUUGCAUUGUUUCUUUCUUGCAGUGACAGUAUUAUAUAACUAUAUAUAUAAAUUUAUAUAUAUAUAUAUAUAUAUAUAGAUUUAGCUCAUUUUUCCUUUCUCUUUCAUGAUCAAUGGCUGACAAGGAAAGGAACAACAGCUUUAAUAACCAGCGAGUAUGCGAACCCUGCAGAUCUUUUGGCCAGAAAUGCAGUCAUUUGGUGAAGAAGCAACGAGCCAAGUUCUACAUUCUCCGCCGAUGCGUAGCUAUGCUUAUUUGUUGGCAUGAACGCGAGCGUGGAGAGCCCUGAUGAUGAUGACUGAUGAGGAACCCCAUCUGCCUCGCUAGCUCUUCUGCUUGCUUGCUUGUUUAUUGUCUUGAUGAGCCAUAUAUGUAUGAGAGUGUAAUUAAUAGGGGUGCUUUUAUAUAUUAUAAAUCGUAGCUUUUAUUUUAUUUUAUUUCAAGAUAUAUACUAUCAUUAAUUAAUUAUAGUAUUUAUCUUGAAUUUGGCUUCUCAAUAUCCGCUAGAUCUCUAUCUCAGCUUCUAGCUCUCAAGAUUCUAGUUAUUUUCUUGUCCCCAUUUUCUUGUCAAACAAACAGACGUGGUUUUAAUAAUGUUGCUCCUUCUGGUUUUCACUUGAUAUUGCUUCUGUGAAGCUGGAUCUGCAUGGAAGGCUAAUACUUGAAGAAAUUGAAGGCACUCACAGAAGGAUGAAUUCUGGUUUUGCUACAAAAUUUGGAGGUGGGUUUGUUUUCUUAGUGAUAAUUAUUAUUUAGAGUUCAAGAACAUAUAUAUAUAGCUUUUUUUUUCCUCA